GCGCCAUGUGGGGCGGCCGCAGCUCCUUCACCAGCCUGGUGGUGGGCGUGUUCGUGGUCUACGUGCUGCACACCUGCUGGGUCAUGUACGGCAUCGUCCACACGCGCCCGUGCGCCGGCGCCGCGCCCUGCAUCCGGCCCUACCUGGCGCGCAGGCCCAAGCUGCAGCUGAGCGUGUACACCGCCACGCGGGCCAGCCUCGGCGGCGAGAGCAGCGUGGAUCUGGUCCUGAACGUGGAGGACUUCGACGUGGAGACCAAGUUUGAGCGGACGGUCAACGUUUCCGUGCCCAAGAAGACAAGAAACAACGGGACGCUGUAUGCCUACAUCUUCCUCCACCACGCCGGUCUCCUGCCAUGGCAUGAUGGGAAGCAGGUGCACCUGGUGAGCCCGCUGACAACCUACAUGGUCCCCAAGCCGGAGGAGGUCAACCUGCUCACUGGAGAGGCCGACACCCAGCAGCAGGGUGAAGCCGAGGAGGGGCCGGCCAGUGCGCUGGACGAGCCCGUCUCUCACUGGAGACCGAAGCUGACCCUGAACGUGAUGGUGGAUGACUUUGUCUUCGAUGGGUCCUCCCUGCCGGCCGACGUGCAUCGGUACAUGAAGAUGGUCCAGCUGGGCAAGACCGUGCACUACCUGCCCAUCCUGUUCAUCGACCAGCUCAGCAGUCGGGUCAAGGACCUCAUGGUCAUCAACCGCUCCACCACCGAGCUGCCGCUGACCGUGUCCUACGACAAGAUCUCCCUGGGGCGGCUGCGCUUCUGGAUCCACAUGCAGGACGCCGUGUACUCGCUGCAGCAGUUCGGCUUUUCAGAGAAAGAUGCCGACGAGGUCAAAGGGAUUUUUGUUGACACCAACUUGUACUUCUUGGCGUUGACUUUCUUCGUCGCCGCAUUCCACCUUUUGUUCGAUUUCCUGGCAUUUAAAAAUGACAUCAGCUUCUGGAAGAAGAAGAAGAGCAUGAUGGGAAUGUCCACCAAGGCAGUGCUCUGGCGCUGCUUCAGCACCGUCGUCAUCUUCCUGUUCCUGUUGGACGAGCAGACGAGCCUGCUGGUGCUGGUCCCGGCGGGCGUCGGGGCCGCCAUCGAGCUGUGGAAAGUGAAAAAGGCCUUGAAGAUGACCGUGCGGUGGAGGGGCCUGUGGCCUGAGCUACAGUUCGGCGCCUCCAGUGAGUCCGAGCGGAGGACGGAGGAGUACGACGCGCAGGCCAUGAAGCACCUGUCCUACCUGCUCUACCCGCUGUGCGUCGGGGGCGCCGUGUACUCGCUGUGGAACGUCAAGUACAAGAGCUGGUACUCGUGGCUGAUCAACAGCUUCGUCAACGGGGUCUACGCCUUCGGCUUCCUCUUCAUGCUGCCCCAGCUCUUCGUGAACUACAAGAUGAAGUCGGUGGCACACCUGCCCUGGAAGGCCUUCACCUACAAGGCCUUCAACACCUUCAUCGACGACGUCUUCGCCUUCAUCAUCACCAUGCCCACCUCCCACCGGCUGGCCUGCUUCCGCGACGACGUGGUCUUCCUGGUCUACCUCUACCAGCGCUGGCUGUACCCCGUGGAUAAGAGCAGGGUGAAUGAAUACGGGGAGUCCUACGAGGAGGCGCCGCAGCGGAGGCCCCACGCAGACUGAGCCGCGGCUGCCCGGGCCUGCCUGGACACUCGGGGGCGUCUCCCGGACAUUGCUCCCGGACAUUGCUCGCGUUGCCAAAUCUCCGGCUCUCCCGGCCGAGCCCACGCGGUGUGGGGGAGCCACCCCCUCCAAGGGCUGCCGGCCGCUCGGGAAACCCGCCCAAGGGUUCUGGGGUCACACCGCUCUCCUUCCUCUGGGAUUCAAUCCUGUAAAGCUCCGCGUAUGUUUCUAUUUUAAAAUAAACCCCUGGCUGUGA